AUGGGGAGGGAAGAACCCAGGCUACAGGAGAAGCCAUUGCUGGCAAUGGGCCGGCUAAAGCAGAAUGGUCUCACUGAGUACAUGAGCUUUAUAAGCACGUCAAUUCUAGUUAAAAUGUUUCAAAGAAUUGCUAGCAAAGGUCUUAGACAAUUUGAUCUUUCAAAGAAUAAUAUGUCUGGCCAAAUUCCAAUGUAUUUAGGGAAACUUGCCCUGGAAUACUUGAAUUUGCCUUUCAACAAUUUUGAGGGUGAGGUUCCAACGAAAGGUGUUUUUGCAAAUGUGAGUUCAGUCUUUCUUGAAGCUAACAAGAUGAUUUGUAGGGGCAUUCCAGAACUACGGCUGCCAAUAUGUAUCACUGUCGCAUCAAAGAGAAGAAAAUUACGUCAGGUUAAAAUAGCUGCGAUCACAGUUUCCUGUAUUUCUGGUGUCCUCAUUUUGUCAGCCUCCUUAUACCUUUGCUUCAAAAAGCAUAAAAGAAAGCAAUCUCCUGGUCCGUUGGAACUAAAAUCAUUUCGAGAACUUUCUUAUCAAAGGAUUCUCAAGGCAACUGAUGGGUUUUCUACUGCAAAUUUGCUUGGUGCGGGAAGUUUUGGAUCUGUCUACAAAGGCACCCUUGAAGAGGAUGGAGUAAUCAUUACAGUAAAAGUACUCAACCUUCAACAGAGAGGAGCUGCAAAAAGUUUUAUGGCUGAAUGUAAAGUCCUGCAAAACAUACGUCAUCGAAAUCUUGUGAGGACCAUAACAUCUUGCCCAAGUAUUGAUUUCCUAGGGAAUGAUUCUAAGGCACUUGUUUACUAG